AUGUCUGAUAACAGUCUGUUCAAGAGACUGAAUGUCCGUGCUGUGGGAAGACUGGCAAUGCGGAAGAAGAAAAACGGGAAUUUGGAUGUAAGUGAUACGAAACCUUUAAAACCACCACGUUUGGAAAAUACCUUCCAGCUCGCUCCUUCACAACGUUUUAUUCCUCGUUGUGUUGAGGGAAUCAUCAAAGACAUUAUGCUAGCAGAGGAUCUUGCCAAUGCCAUUUAUAACGCAGAGGCGGCACCGUCUCUUGUUAUAAAAAUGUCUGAUGAAAUCAAAGAAAAACUCAAGUUGCUGUCUUGGAAACGCUACAGAUACGUGGUUCAGGUUUUGGUUGGUCAAAAUCUAAGCCAACAUUUCAUGAUGGCCAGUCGUUGCCUUUGGAACGAAGAAGUCGAUAAUUUUGUUGUUGUCAAAUAUAACAACUCGAAUCUGUUUGUCAUUUGUUCUGUGUUUGCCACUUAUUUGGAGUAG